AUCAGCUGAUGGAGGAGGGUCGGCUGAAGCCUGUUACUGAGUCCAAGAGAGCCAUCUUUCCGACCGGAGAAAGAGUGGGGGGAGAGACGGGAGAAAUUGGGGGAUCCCGGCCGAACAGGCGGCCCAAACGCGUUGAAUAGGGACGGUAGGAACACCGGUGACCAUCGGGGGAAGAAACAGGGUUUCUUAUUGCAUCCGGAACGAAGACGGAACGGGAACCGGGUCGGGCGAUCGAGCGAGCGAAAGACGAGCUUUAAAAAAUAGCCAGCCAGCCAGCCAGCUAGCUUGCUAGCUACCUAGCUACAAAGGAAAAGGGAGAAAUACGAGUGAGUGAACAAAAAAAGGGUACAUUUCAGGCAAGUAAUUGUAUAAUCAUCGAUAAAAAAAAUACCUUCGAUAAUUCAAUUCGGUCGAUUAAGCUCUAGACAUAAUGUGCAAUUGUGCCAAGAUGUCAAUAUAAACAACACCAAUCCUUUUCGGAGCAACUAUCUUAGCUAGCUACUGUGGCACUGAGACCAGGAUUAGGACUAAAGGAUUCCUGCCAGAGGUUAUCGGAGCAUGUAAUAGUAUGCUAGCUAUAACUAUACGUUUUAGACAUUACUUUGAAAUGCAACACUCAAUAAUGUUGACAAUGACAACCGUGAACUGAAUAGGCAGGAAUCUAGCUUGCUAGCUUACCAGUUAGCUAGCUUUAGCUAACGAGCUACAUUUUGAGGUUGAUUACAAGAGUGGGGAUCUGUUGAUUUAUUUUGUAUUUUGAUCACUAGUUGCGCCGGUUGAAGGGACAAGUGAAUCUAAAGGGGGGAAGUAAGGGCUGUAUGUUCUCAAAUGAUUUGAUCUCUGGUUAGCUAGCCAGCUAAGUGGCUCUGGAACACUGUGUCUUCUUUGCCCCCCUCCCUCACACGAAUAGUCCACUGGGAGUCUGAGACCACAGCUGAUCGGACCAGAAGGGGAGGGGGAUCCGCAAUGGGAAAACAUCACUUUGUCUCAACUUUAUCGCUACUCGCUAGCUUUCGUUACUUUAUCUAGCAGUCGUUUACGAGUCGACACUGACAAGUAACAUUAAUUCUAGAAGCCUCUUAUCCGGUCCAACUGAUGCCAAUUUGGAGAGAAAUCGCCGACUGUCAAUAAAGACUCUUCCAAGUGUUCCCAACAACAACCACGAUGAAUGCAAAAUAAGUGGGGGUAGGCUCCUUAAUACAUCGAGUUGCAGCGACAGCGAAAAAAACACAAGGUCCAAAAAGAAGGGAGAACUCUUUGCUAGCUAGUAACAUCAGCGAUAACACGGGCUAGGAUCAAAUUGCACAAGGAUUGGAUACAGAUCGCAAUAUCACCCUGACUUGCAAGACAUUUUAGAUAACAAUUGGUUACUUUUUCUCCGACCCGUGGCACAUAGCUCUAAUCUGAAGUCCACAGCGAGUUAAGGGGCUCGAAUUUUUCUUUUGUCCAGAAAUGUAAAAUAUCUAGUUAUAUAGUGGUCUUUACGGAUACGUUUAUGUUUACCUAAUCAUAUUUUCAAUCCCCUGAAGUUGCUUUGUCGUGCUUUUUACCCUUUGUGUGCAGAAUAAUCGGGACGUUUUGUUUAGGUUUACAUCCAUCAAAGUAUACAAAUAAGGUCUAGCUGGCCAAGUUUGGAAUCGCCUAAAGCAAAUACCCAACAACUCGUAAACGACGUUAAAAUGUGAGCUACAAGUGGGGUUUUUUUUUUAUACCCGACAAAACUAGUUGGAAAGCACAACGUAACAACGCCAUAGGAAGGACGUCUGUUGCUAGAUAUAGUAGGAAGGCUGCGGUGACUUGUCAGUGUUUUGGUUGUGUUGCGGACACCCCUCCCCCAACUUCAGAAAAACCUUGCUGGGGCUGUGCGCUGCCUGGGUCAGUUGGGUGCAGCCCUUGUCCCCCUACGUUUCGGGACAGAGGCGGUCGUGAGUGUCCAGAGGGAAUACCACUAGCGGAUGUGAUGGAACUAAUGUUCGCCGAGUGGGAAGACGGAGAAAGGUUCUCGUUCGAAGACUCGGACCGGUUCGAGGAAGAUUCGCUGUGCUCGUUUAUAUCAGAAGCGGAGAGUCUCUGUCAAAAUUGGAGGGGAUGGAGAAAGCAGUCUGCGGGACCCAAUUCGCCUACUGUCAAAAUAAAAGAUGGCCAGGUGAUCCCGCUGGUGGAGCUGUCGGCCAAGCAGGUGGCCUUCCACAUCCCGUUCGAGGUGGUGGAGAAGGUGUACCCCCCCGUGCCCGAGCAGCUGCAGCUGCGCAUCGCCUACUGGAGCUUCCCCGAGAACGAGGAGGACAUCAGGCUGUACUCCUGCCUGGCUAAUGGCAGCCCUGACGAGUUCCAGCGAGGGGAGCAGCUGUACCGGAUGCGUGCGGUUAAGGACCCGCUGCAGAUCGGGUUCCACCUCAGUGCCACCGUGGUGUCCCCCCAGGCUGGGCAGUCCAAGGGGGCCUACAACGUGGCCGUCAUGUUCGACCGCUGCCGGAUCACUUCCUGCAGCUGCACCUGCGGGGCGGGGGCCAAGUGGUGCGCCCACGUGGUGGCGCUGUGUCUCUUCCGAAUCCACAACGCCUCGGCGGUGUGCCUGCGCGCUCCUGUGUCUGAGUCCCUGUCCCGCCUCCAGAGGGACCAGCUGCAGAAGUUUGCUCAGUACCUGAUCAGCGAGCUUCCUCAGCAGAUCCUGCCCACUGCCCAGCGCCUCCUGGAUGAGCUGCUGUCCUCCCAGUCCACUGCCAUCAACACCGUGUGCGGCGCUCCAGACCCCACCGCCGGCCCCUCCGCCUCCGAUCAGAGCACCUGGUACCUGGACGAGUCCACGCUCAGCGACAACAUCAAGAAGACCCUGCACAAGUUCUGCGGCCCCUCGCCGGUGGUGUUCAGCGAUGUGAACUCCAUGUACCUGUCGUCCACGGAGCCCCCGGCCGCCGCGGAGUGGGCCUGUCUGCUGAGGCCCCUCAGGGGCCGCGAGCCAGAGGGCAUCUGGAACCUGCUCUCCAUCGUCAGGGAGAUGUUCAAGAGGAGGGACAGCAACGCAGCGCCCCUGCUGGAGAUACUGACCGAGCAGUGCCUCACCUACGAACAGAUAAUCGGCUGGUGGUACAGCGUGCGCACCUCCGCCUCCCACAGCAGUGCCAGCGGUCACACGGGCCGCAGCAACGGCCAAUCAGAGGUGGCGGCCCACGCGUGCGCCAGCAUGUGCGACGAGAUGGUGGUCCUGUGGCGCCUGGCGGUGCUGGACCCCACCAUGAGCCCUCAGAGGCGCUGGGAGCUGGCAGCGCAGCUGAAGCAGUGGCACCUGAAGGUGAUCGAGAUCGUGAAGCGCGGGCAGCACCGUAAGUCCCUGGACAAGCUGUUCCAGGGCUUCAAGCCGGCCGUGGAGUCGUGCUACUUCAGCUGGGAGCUGGCCUACCCGCUGCCCGGCAUCACCUACUCCAGCGCGGACAAGAAGAGCGCCUCCUUCUGCUGGGCGCGGGCGGUGCAGCAGCAGCGGGGGGCCAAGGCGGGCCAGGUGGACGGGGAGCCGGGGGCAGGCGGGCUGGGCCGCCCCGGGACCUCGGAGGGGGGCGGCGUCUCCGAGCACAAGAGCCGCGGGGCCCACCCGCCCCAGCCGGAGGUGGCGGUGCGGCCCAAGGAGACGCUGGUGAAGAGGAAGGGCCUGACGGCCGGCGGCGGGGUGCUGGUGCGUCUGGGCGGCGGCGUGUCCCUGGCGCUGGAGGACGGCGGGGGGAAGGGCAUGUAUAAGGGCGGGGGCGUGGCCGGGGGAGGCGGCUCCUCCAUGGGCGGGAAGGCCAAGCUGUCGCAGGGCGGGAAGGCGUGCGGCGGGGCCGGGGGCCCCAUGGGCGCGGGCGGGAAGCACGGCAGUAAGCGGCGCACCAGCAGCGAGGACAGCUCCCUGGAGCCCGACCUGGCCGAGCUCAGCCUGGACGACGGGUCCAACAUGGCGCUGGGGGCCGAGGCCAGCAACACCUUCGACUUCCUGCCCCCGCCGCCCGAGAUGCUGCCCGCGCCGGGGCCCCUGCUGCGAGAGCCGCGCAAGUACAGCGCCAACGCCGUCGCCAAGGAGACCGUCGCCAACGCCGCCUUCGACGCCAAGCGGGCGGCCGCCCACGCCCCUGCGGCGCCCGAGGCCUCAAAGGAGAGCCCCGCGGCGGGGGCCCCUGCGCCCCCCGGGGGGGAGAAGGAGGUGGAGGUGGAGGUGGAGGAGGAGAUGGAGGAGGUCGUAGGAGAGGAUCCGCUGGUGGACGGCCAGCCCUCCACCUCCACCUCCCCCGCCGCUCCGGCUGCGGCCGCUAACCCUCCUCUGGAGGCUGAGGCUGGGGGGGCCGCGGCCCCUGCCCCCCAGGCCGUGGAAGGCCCCCCCGACCCCGCCGGGGAGGAUGACUACCAGGCCUACUACCUGAGCGCUGCGUCGGAGGAGGGCCAGGAGCGCGGCGCCCCCGACAAUCACGAGGAGGAGCCCGACAUCUUCGCCGGGAUCCGGCCCCUGGAGCAGGAGGGCCGCAUGGAGGUGCUGUUUGCGUGUGCGGAGGCCCUGCACGCUCACGGCUACAGUAACGAGGCCUGCAGGCUGGCGGUGGAACUGGCGGGGGACCUGCUCGCCAAUCCCCCCGACCUGAAGGUGGAGCAGCCCCAAACCAAGGGGAAGAAGAGCAAGGUGUCGACGAGCCGGCAGACACAGGUGGCCACCAACACGCUGUCGAAGGCGGCGUUCCUGCUGACGGUGCUGAGCGAGAGGCUGGAGUACCACACGCUGGCCUUCAGCACCGGAAUGUUCUCUCUGGAGCUGCAGAGACCUCCCGCCUCCACCAAGGCCCUGGAGGUGAAGCUGGCGUAUCAGGAGUCGGAGGUGGUGGCGCUGCUGAAGAAGAUCCCGCUGGGCGUGGUGGAGAUGGGCUCCAUCAGGGAGCGGGCUGAGCAGCUCCGCGACGGGAACUUCUGUGACUACCGGCCCGUGCUGCCCCUCAUGCUGGCCAGCUUCAUAUUCGACGUGCUCUGCACCCCCGUGGUGUCUCCCACGGGCUCCCGCCCCCCCAGCCGAAACCGUAACAACGAGAUGCCCGGGGACGAGGAGCUUGGCUUUGAGGCUGCAGUGGCAGCGCUGGGGAUGAAGACGACGGUGAGCGAGGCGGAGCACCCCCUGCUGUGCGAGGGGACUCGGCGGGAGAAGGGCGACCUGGCCCUGGCCCUCAUGAUCACGUACAAGGACGACCAGAGCAAGCUGAAAAAGAUCUUGGACAAGCUGCUGGACCGGGAGAGCCAGACGCACAAGCCCCAGACGCUCAGCUCCUUCUACUCCAGCAAGCCGGCGGCCAGCAGCCAGAAGAGCCCGUCCAAGCACACCGCUCACGGGACGGGCGGGGCCGCGGGGGGCGUGUCCAAGCACAGCGCCGCCCCUGCUGCUGCAGCUGCCGCAGCGACAGGCUCCGCCUCUGUGCAGGGCGUGGCCAGCGGGGGCGCGGCCGGGCAGCAGGCGGGGCUUCCGGGCGGAGUGCAGAACGCAGCGGCGGGAGAGGGCUUCAGCGAGAACCGAGAGCAAGACGGUGGGCAGCCGUCCUCGUGCGAGCAGCAGAGCGAGGCGGCCCCCUUUAAGCCCGAGGGCACGGUGCCCAGCCGGCUGGCGCUGGGGGGGCGCGGGGCGUACAGCGGCCGCUGCUGGGGCUCCCCGGUGAGGCAGAAGAAGAAGCACACGGGCAUGGCCAGCAUCGACAGCAGCGCCCCGGAGACCACCUCCGACAGCAGCCCCACGCUAAGCCGACGCCCACUCCGCGGUGGUUGGGCGGCCGCCUCGUGGGGGCGGGGCCAGGACAGCGACAGCAUCAGCAGCUCGUCCUCCGAUUCGCUGGGCUCGUCGUCGUCCAGCGGCUCACGCAGGGCCGGGGGCGGAGCCAGGGCCAAGAGCGCCGACACCAGCAGGUAUAAAGGGCGUCGGCCGGAGUGCCACGCCCCGCACGUCCCCAACCAGCCCUCGGAGGCGGCGGCGCACUUCUACUUCGAGCUGGCCAAGACGGUGCUCAUCAAGGCCGGGGGCAACAGCUCCACCUCCAUCUUCACCCAGCCCUCCGCCAGCGGGGGGCACCAGGGCCCCCACCGAAACCUGCACCUCUGUGCCUUCGAGAUCGGCCUGUACGCCCUGGGCCUGCACAACUUCGUCUCUCCCAACUGGCUCUCCAGGACCUACUCCUCCCACGUGUCCUGGAUCACAGGUCAGGCCAUGGAGAUCGGCAGCGCCGCCCUGAACAUCCUGGUGGAGUGUUGGGACGGGCACCUCACCCCCCCGGAGGUGGCGUCCCUGGCCGACCGGGCCUCCCGGGCGCGGGACCCCAACAUGGUGAGGGCCGCGGCAGAGCUGGCCCUCAGCUGCCUGCCCCACGCCCACGCCCUCAACCCCAACGAGAUCCAGAGGGCCCUGGUGCAGUGCAAAGAGCAGGACAACGUGAUGCUGGAGAAGGCCUGCAUGGCUGUGGAGGAGGCAGCGAAGGGUGGAGGGGUGUACCCCGAGGUGCUUUUCGAGGUGGCGCACCAGUGGUACUGGCUCUACGAGCAGACCGUGGGGGGCGGAGUCGGGGCCCAGCGCGAGGGGCCGGGACGGUGCGGGGCCAACGGUGGGGCGGGCCGGAGGGCCCCCGAUGUGGGCCGAGGCGUGCUGGACGGGGGGCCCAUGGACCAGGGAGGGGUGGCGGUGACCGCCACGGUGACCGCAGCUGCAGUGGUGCCCGUGAUCUCCGUGGGCUCCACCAUCUACCAGUCCCACGGCAUCCCCGGAACGGCCAUCGCCCACCCCCAUACCCAGGGCCUGCACCCCUACACCACCAUCCAGGCCCACCUGCCCACCGUCUGCACUCCCCAGUACCUGGGGCACCCUCUGCAGCACGUCCCACGGCCCACUGUCUUUCCUGUGACCGGAGCCGCCUACCCACAGGGGAUGCACCCGGCCUUCAUCGGCGCGCAGUACCCCUUCUCCGUGGCCACCGGCCCGCACCCGCCCAUGGCAGCGACUGCGGUCACAUUCCCGGGCGUCCCGGUACCGUCCAUGACCCAGAUCGCCGUCCACCCGUACCACACGGAGACCGGCCUGCCCCUCAGCACCACCGUGGCAGUAGGUGGCUCCACCAUCCAGGCCAUCCAGGGGGCGGCCCUUCCGGGACUGUCUUCCCAGCCCACCGCAUUGGUCAGCACGCCCUUCCCAUCUGAAGACGAGCAGCACAGCCAACCAAUCAGCCAGCAGGGCCUUCAUUACCUGCACUCCGCCUACAGAGUUGGCAUGCUCGCCCUGGAGAUGCUGGGCAGGAGGGCACACAACGACCACCCCAACAACUUCUCCCGCAGCCCGCCCUACACGGAGGACGUCAAGUGGCUCCUCGGGCUGGCAGCCCGCCUUGGGGUGAACUUCGUGUACCAGUUCUGCGUGGGCGCGGCCAAGGGCGUGCUCAGCCCCUUCGUCCUACAGGAGAUCAUCAUGGAAGCUCUGCAGCGGCUAAACCCCGCCCACAUCCACGCCCACCUCAGAACGCCAGCCUUCCAUCAGCUGGUGCAGCGCUGCCACCAGGCCUAUCUACAGUACAUCCACCACCGGCUGAUCCACCUGACCCCGGCCGACUACGACGACUUCGUCAACAUCAUCCGCAGCGCCCGCAGCGCCUUCUGCCUCACGCCCGUGGGCAUGAUGCAGUUCAACGACGUGCUGCAGAACCUGAAGCGGGGCAAGCAGACCAAGGAGCUGUGGCAGAGGAUCUCCCUGGAGAUGGCCACCUUCUCUCCCUGAGCGCGGAGGGGGAGUGCCGGGGGCGACCGCCCCCCUUCUGACGGAACACGCGCGCCUGAAACGCUGGCUUACCCUCCCCCCAGUUCCUCCACCACCACCACCACCUCCACUGCAAUCUCCCCUGCCCUGCACAUACCACACCCACACACACACACAUAUCACACCAGCACACACACACACACACACACACAUACCACACACACACACCACACCCGCACACACACAUACCACACCUGCACACACACACACACACACACACACACACACACACACACA